AAUUGAAAAUAGACUUUUUGGCUAUUCAGAAGAAGAGAAGCAGUUUCCUUAUAACUAUUAUAAAGAUGAAGCACUCUCUAAUGAAACCAACUCUGAUAAUAGCUCAACUAUUUUGCAGUAUAAUGAAAGACCUGGGAGAAUAGGUUCCUAUGAGGCCUGGUGGA